GGCGCGCGGCCUCGCCUUCCCGCCCCCGGCGCGCGGCGGCACAACGGCCGGGCCCUGCGCUCUGACGGGAGGGCGGGGGGGAGGGGAGGCGCUGGGGGGGUGUCCGCACACGUAUCCCGCUCCGGCCUCCUUCACUUUUUUUGGGGCCCUCCCGUUUUUUGGGUUGUCGCAGGGACCCUGGAGAAGGAGGAGAAGAAGGGAGGUGUCUCUAGGUGCUGCUGGACCGGCCCCGGUCCCCGGCAGGCAACACUAUGGCUGCUACAGUGAACCUGGAGCUUGAUCCUGUUUUUCUGAAAGCCCUGGGCUUCUUGCAUUCAAAGAGUAAGGAUUCUGCUGAAAAGCUGAAAGCGCUUCUUGAUGAGUCUUUGGCCAGAGGAACUGACUCAAGCUAUCGUCCAUCACAGAAGGAAGUAGAACAACCAAAAGUAUCUGUUACCAAACCUAUUUCCAGUAAGCAAGAGCCUAAAGCUGCUUCUAGUUUGCCUUCUGGCAACAACAAUGGCAAGCCCACUGCAUCAGAAAAGGUGAAGAAAGAAACAGAAAAGAAAUCUUCUGAUAAAGUAAAAGCAGAUACUGUGGAAGGAGCUGAUAUGCCAAAGAAGCCCAGGCUUGAGAAGCAAGAGGCUCGUUCCUCUCCUAUUACAGUUCAGACGAGUAAAGAUUUAUCCAUGCCUGACUUAUCUAGCUUUGAGGAAACCAGUGCUGAUGAUUUUGCUAUGGAAAUGGGUUUGGCCUGUGUUGUUUGCAGGCAAAUGACAGUUAUUUCUGGGAAUCAGCUAGUGGAGUGUCAGGAGUGCCAUAAUCUCUACCACCAGGAUUGCCAUAAACCUCAGGUGACGGACAAGGAAGUGAAUGAUCCUCGACUUGUGUGGUACUGUGCUCGCUGUACCAGACAGAUGAAGAGAAUGGCUCAGAAGACACAAAAACCACCUCAAAAACCCGCUCCAGCAGUGGUUUCAGUUGCACCAGCUGUGAAAGAUCCGUUGGUCAAGAAGCCAGAAAUUAAGUUGAAACUUGAGACCCCAUCAACUUUUCUAGCCUUCAAGAGAACAGAAGUCAAGACCUCAGCAGCAGUUUCGGGGAACACAGCCAGUACAAGUGUUUCCUCUUCAGCAACCAGUGGCCUUACAGGAUGGGCUGCCUUUGCAGCCAAAACCUCCUCUGCCAAUCCAUCAACUACCAAACUGGGAUCAACAGCACAGAGUGCCAGCGGGAAACCUGCAGCUUCUUCAAAUAACCAGAAACCUGUGGGUUUGUCAGGGUUGGCAACUUCUAAAACAGGACUCGGGUCAAAAAUAGCUUCUGGUAACAACAGCACAAGCCCUGUACAGCUGAAACCUCCUCCACCUUUGACGCUAGGGAAAACCACUCUUAGCCGUUCGGUAAGCAGUGACAACGUCAGCAAAGUAGGGCUUCCUAGUCCCAGCAGUACCACACCGAGCACCAGCAGCCAGGUGAGCGGUGGGAACGGCAACAGCGGGACUGCGGGUAACAGUGGGGGCAGUGCAAGCAAAACCACAGCAGAUACUGGCAAUCAGUCAGCCUCCCUGAAAGGCCCGACUUCUCAGGAAUCGCAGCUCAAUGCCAUGAAGAGGCUACAGAUGGUCAAGAAGAAGGCUGCUCAGAAGAAACUCAAGAAGUAGUGCCACUGCUGGCUGAUUGUGUUGGUUGUGUUCUGUGAAGCAGCAGCAUUUAUAUUUCUCUUAAAGGAAAUACCACAGUUACUGGACUGAACCAGUAAUUAAAUCAGGGAAGCCCAAAACCGAUGUACAGGGGGCCAAGCUUAGGUAAUCCUAGUAUUCCUUCUGACUUUACAAAUUAGGAAUUGAAUAUGCUAGAGGGAUAUUUGCUAUUACAUGCUCCUGUUUUAUAGCUCAAAGCAAUGAAAAAGCAAUGAAACGUGAAAUUGUAAACAUUGGGUCUUCUGGAGUAUUAAAAAGAUUUAUGUGGGUACUUAAUAAAUUGGAUUUAAUGAA